GCGAAGCUAUGUGGUGACUUUUCGAAGUGUGUCUCGCUGUACUCGCGUCAGCGUUAGCGUCAGCGACAGCGCGUCAGCGGCAGUCGCUGCGGCAGCGUUACGGGUUGUCCAGGUAACCACGGGAGUUGUCGCUGAUUGGUGGCAUCCGAGAGACAGGUGUUCCUCUGGCAGUUGAAGCACCUGAGGACCCUGCUGAGCCCUCAGGAUGGAGCUGCAAAGGUGACUUGCAUGGCUUGGUCCUAGAACAAUGCCAAGUUUGUGGUCUGCACAGUGUACCGAGUGGUGGUGCUAUAUGAUGAACAUGGGGAGCGGAGAGAUAAAUUCUCCACCAAACCAGCUGACAUGAAGGGGAAGUCGGUUAUCCACCCAUGCCCGCCCUAUGCCUUGGCUUGGGCAACCAACAGCAUCCUGGCUGCAGGCUGUGAUCGCAGAAUUGUAGCCUAUGGAAAGAAAGGCCGCAUGCUACAAACUUUUGAUUACAGCCGUGACCCUCAGAAGCGGGAGUUCACCACCGCUGCUGCAAGCCCUGGGGGCCAGUCUGUUGUGUUGGGAAGUUAUGACAGACUUCGGGUACUCAACUGGAGCCCUCGAAGAAGCAUCUGGGAAGAGGCAAAGCGCAAGGAGAUUGCCAACGUAUAUACCGUCACUGCCUUGGCCUGGAAACGGGAAGGCUCAUGACUCUGUGCG